UCAAUCACGUUGUCAAACGCCAUCUUAACGCGACGUGAGUGUGUUUACUUUCGGUUAACAUACACACCGGAAGCUUCAUAUGUACACGUAGCCUCUAUUGAAACAGACCAUCUUUCACAUAUUAAGAAUUGGAUAAUUUCUUUUCAGAUCUUCAGAAUGUAUACACCAUGGUUGAUAUGUGGAGCAGUUGUAUUACUGUUUAUUGUGAGUAAAGUCAGUGCACAUGGUGACCAUCAUCAUCAACCGGUUCCGCCUGACCAACGACCAACUAGCUUUAAUGAUCCAAAAAUAACACAAGACGAACAGCAUUUACGAGAACAUAUGAAAGAUGAAAUAAAUCUCAGCAAUAAACCAAAAAUGAGUCCGGAAGAAAUGGAAUUCCAUUAUUUCAGAUUGCACGAUACGAACAACGACACUCACCUUGACGGUAUAGAGAUAAUGCAGGCCAUGGCGCACAUGUUACCCGUGCCGGAACUCGAAUUCUCGGAGAAGCUCGGAAAAUCUAAGGAGCAACAAGAAGAAAUGAUGCAGGAAAAGUAUAAGGGAAUGCAGAAAUAUUACGAAGAUAUGAUAGACCGCGUUUUGCAUGAUGACGACACUGACAAAGAUGGAUACUUAACUUACUCAGAAUUCGCACGUGCUCGUCGUCGCGAGGAAUUCCAUGCACGCAGAAUGCACGAGCAACAAAUGAUGAGUCAACAAGCCCAGUUUGAACAAUUUCAGAAGUUCCAAGAAAUGCAGAAAAAUAUGCAAAAUAAUCCAAAUUUCCAGGCUAAUAUUCCUCCACCACCAUCCCAACAACAGCAACAAGGACAGCAGCUGCAGUAUCAACAACAACAACACGGUCAACAACAGCAAUACCAACAAAACCAGGGACAACAACAAUAUCAACAACCCAGAUAGAUAGUUCAUUGUAGAUGUAGUCAUAUAAAUUAAUUAUUUAAUUGGAUAUUUCUAGGUCAUUAUUUAUCUAAUUUUGAAUGUACGCAAUUUAACAAAGUGCAUAUUAUAAAAGUGAUACAGGAGUGAACGUCACAAUAAAAUAAUUUUAUCUAUUAUUAGUGAUUAGAUUAAAAAGAAAGUACGAACUAAAAGAAAGUGCAAACUACUAUCUAAAAGAUAUUUUUUAUAUUUUUCCUUAAUUCAGGUUAUUGUCAAAAGUUUUGUUAAAAUUGUAAGUAUAAGCGAAGCUCAUAAACUACAAGAGAAAUGUUCAGAAGAGAAGCGAGAAUUUGUGUUUUCGGUGACAUUGGUAAUGGUCAGUCGGAUUAAUGCAAUAAUACAUGACUAAUAGAGCUCGUUUUGUGAAAUCUAGAAAAAGAUAUGAUGGUGAUUGUAAUACAUUAAAGAUGUCUGAAAUUAGUUAUAUCAGAAGUCAUGGAUUUUCUAAAUCAUUUUAAUAUCAUAUCCGACUAAGUUAAUAAAGUUUACUUCCAACAAAUAUUAUUCUCUAAAGAUUUUGAAAACUGUUAUUUGUAUCGUACAAAGUUUGUUUGUGAUAUGAAAUUAGUGAAUGGCUACCGAGGCAAUUAUCUAUAACGUAGGCAAUAUUUAGUCAUUCAAGAGACAUUUAUCCAUUAGGUAUACAUCCAAUGUAGGUGUAUGAAUCUUUGAAAGUGGUUUACCUGAUCAUUAGAAUUAUGGCUAAGCUUAAGAAAUCAUGAAUUAGUUAAUAUGAUAACCAUGUUUAGAAAUACCGUGAAAUUUAAAUAAUAUGAGCCGCGUCACGACAAAACCAACAUAAUGGGUUUGCGACCAGCAUUGAUCCGGACCAGCCUGCGCAUACGCGCAGUCUGAUCAGGAUCCAUGCUGUUCGCUAUCAGUUUCUCUACUUGUAAUAGAGUUGGUGAGCGAACAGCUUGGAUCCUGAUCAGACUGCGCGGAUGCGCAGACUGGUCUGGAUCCAUGCUGGUCGCAAACCCAUUAUGUUGGUUUUGUCGUGACGCGGCUCAUAUACUAUUCAGUGCAUCAAGUCUCACUAUCGUGUGUAGUCAUAUUUCAAUUCAUGAAUAUUCAAUUAAAGUAGUAUAAUUGAGAAGAAUAACGAUAAGAUGAAAUGCAGGAAGUUGAAAAUAUCUUAUUUCGUCUUAUUUAUGAUAAUGUAUUAUGAAAACAUCUAAACUUUAUUUAUGUCAUAUUUUUCAAUAAAAAAUUAAAUAAAA